CAGGGACCCUGGGACUAAUGGAGGGAUGCAAUGAUGCCGCUCUUCGCUUGUCAUGCUUGAAUCACAGCUUCAUAUAUCCUUUUGUGUCGGGGACCUCAUUGUCUUCGUCUGUCACUCGAGCCAGAUCAACUGUGGGGUAGCGUGGCGGACAGAGCCCCCUCCUCAACCCCUCCCCCCCCUCUCUCUCCCUUGUCUGUGCCCCUGGCUUCUCAACCCUCCCGGCUCGCUCGUGUCUAUUUACCUCUCUUAAGCCCUCCCCUCUCCGUUGAGCUCAGUCUCUCUUGCUCUCCGGUUCCCCACCUCUUACUAUCUGGCUCUGUUGGCUCCUUCAAAGAGGGCAGCGUGCUGUUCUAACCCGGCUGCUUGCUGCAUGACUUCCCGGGAAGCAGUUUUCACCGCUGCUCUGCCUCCUCAGGAUUCCCGAGCCCUUCCCGGAUUUCCAUCUCUCCAAGGGCAGGAUGUUCCUCCGCGAGGAUUGAUCCCCGUCCACCAUUCUUCACUUUGCCCUUCCCCCCCCUAAUCCUGAUCUCCUGCCCUCUGACCCUCACCGCGUUGUUCUCUACCCCUGCCCGCCCCCUCCUAUUCACCCUGAGCACCGAGCCUCUUUCCCUUCUCAAAUCAUUCCCCCCCCCUCGACCAUGUUGCCAUGUGUCUGCUGGCUCCAACUUAUCCUCAUCUUGCUGUCCUCUGUCUCAUGGACCCGGGGGGAAAACUGCCCGUCGAACUGCAUGUGCCCGGAUCCUCACACGGUGGACUGCAGCGGCCGCGGGCUGACCCGUCUGCCCAGUGAGAUCCCCCUGGACGUGCGCAGGCUGCUGCUGGCCGACAACUGGAUAGCCCGCAUCCCUCCGGACUUCCUGGUUCUGUACAGCGACCUGGUCUACCUGGACCUGCGGAACAACUCCCUUUCCCACAUAGAACCGGGGACUCUCAGCACCUCCUCCAGGCUGGUCUUCCUGGACCUGGGCAGCAACAACCUGACGGAAAUCCCCAAGGGGACUUUUGGGGAGUCUCGGAGCCUGAUCAAGCUACGGCUGGGCAACAACCCGUACCUGAGCUUGGUGAGCGAGGACGCCUUCCUCGGCCUCACCUCUCUGAGGGAGCUGGAACUGGAGCGGAAUGCGCUGUCUACGCUACAGGUGGGGGCCCUGAGUCAGUUGCCCUCCCUGCGAGCGGUGAGGCUGGAGGGCAACCCCUGGUUGUGCAACUGCAACUUUGCCAAACUGUUUGCAUGGCUGAUGGAGAACAGUCAGAAGCUUCCGAAUGGAGUGGAGGGCAUGGAGUGCUCCCUCCCCAUGGACGGCAGACGUGUUUCCCUGACCCAGCUCUCCAAAGACAGCUUCCGCGAGUGCCAGGCCACGCUGACGCUCACUGACCUGCUCAUCAUCAUCUUCUCCGGCAUCUCCGUGUCCGUGGUGGCCAUCAUGACGAGCUUCUUCCUGGCUUCAACGGUUCAUUGCUUCCAACGCUGGAGUAAAGGCACCAAGGGCGACGAGGAGGAGAGUGAGGAGUGAGGAGGAGGAGGAGGAGGGGGGGGGGGGGUGGGGGAGGGUCGACUCCGAGGAACUUUCAUGCCGCCUCCUCCUCCCUGGUGCAUAUGCAGGACUGUUCAUCCAGGACCUAAGCCCUGGUUCGGUUGCAGUUGUUUCCUCUGCACGGGGGUUAUGGUAAUGAGGGACAUUCCCUAGGAAUGAGUCCUGACUAGAAAUUAGCUGUUGCAUUGCUCCACCUGCAAAAUGAUAGAUUGGGGUCAUCUUCCGUGGCUAUGGGCUACAGGCUCAAUGUUGUAGUCCUAGAUAGAUAUAGUGAGGCUGAACACCUGUAAACGAUCACACAAAGAGGAGGAGGCUUUGCUCUCAGUGCUUUCACAUUAGUUUUAGACAAGCUGAUAACUUCUCAACGUGUAAUCACAUUAGAUUGAGAUCCUGUAAAGUGACAUCCAAGUUUUAGAUGAUUUUCACGGGGACUCGUCUUGAUGGGGCAGAGUCCGCCAUGAAGAAAGGAUGUCAUACCGACCGAGGACCUCAGUAAUUUACUGCCUAUACCACGAUAUGCUGGCAUAUCCUGCCAUUUACAGUGUCUUUUUUCUGGAGCCUCACUCACAUUCAAAGCCACUUCUGUUGCUCCUUCUUAAUGUGAAAUGGUGGCAGAGUAAAUUAAGUAAUGGUCAGGUAGAUUACAUAUUGUAGGCAGGAGGCAUUUACGGUGGGUCCACACAUCCAUUCAGUAGUAUAUCUAUUAUAUAAUCACAAAUUUAUGUCCAAAAGAAAAUAAUGUACAGUCAAAUGAAACAUAUAAAUCAAGAGGACGUACUGCAUAUUCCUUAGAUUGGUGUGACCUGUGUAGAAAGACAAAAUAAGAGUAUAAUCUUAAAUUACAGCAAACCUGGUAUUAAAUAGAAUCUAAGUAGAACUACUGUGUCAAAUAAAGCACUUUAUAUGGUGAACCAAAUAUUGGCGAACCCCUAAUUACACUAUGUAGACUGGUUUUGUAUUCAUCUGCCAAAGAGUAGGUUGAGGUGAGGGAGAGUUUGCAUACGAGGACUUAAUUUAUUUAUAGGAUUUUAGUGAGGUAGGAAAGGCUGCACUACAGCCAAAUCGCACCUCGUAUUCACGUAUUAUACUCAAACCCUUAUAGUCUCCAAAGAUGAGCUUUUCCCUCUAGAACCAGCUGUAUUACUUUGCCUCAUUUCAUGUGGAGUUUUAAACUGUUUUAAAAGGGGUCACUUUAAGAAUAUAUUUUUUAAUAUACAAUAAUAUUUUUUAGAUUUACAGAAUUGAAGAACACAGUCAGGUUCUCCUUUUUAAGAAAACUUCUUCCAAUAUGAUAAGUUGCAGAUUUUGAUGUCCUCAUGAAGUCCUCAUGAAAAGAUAUUUAAUAAAGCAGCAGUGCAGUGCAAUCCAGAUUAAACAAAGGUCGCGCCUUGAAUGCCAUGUGUUCAUUUGCAUCCUGUAUGUUUAAAUCCUCUUCCAUUAGGAUUUGGAAAGCUCAAAGCUACAGCAUUUCGUCCCCAAUGCUUAUACGGCGUAUUGUGUUGCUUCCUACAUUUUUGUAAGGCAUGAAUAAUUCACAGAAAUUAAGAUAUGAACCAGAAAGAAUGUCAAGCCCCCAAAUGCAGAGAAGAAGAGCCGCAAGCACAAAGAGUUAUAAUUCAUGUGUGGUUAACAAUGGAUAAAAAGGACUUCUACAUGCCUGUGUCGGUUAAGAACAAUUUGUGAGCCUGAAAGUGCAGCAUCAAAGAGCAUAUUUUGCAUAAAUGAUGAGAAAUACAUAUUUAUUUUUGUUAUAUUUAAUUUGCAGCAAUAAAAGCACAAAGAUUCUCGCAGAAUGCUAAUGGUUUCUAUUAAAAGAAGAGACACAUCCCAUGUUGGUAACAUCUCCUGUGGUUAUUUUUUUUUUUCAUCAAUGUGCAUCGUCACGUGUUGGGUUGAAAAUGCUCCGUCCUAUAAAUAGUGUAUUAGUCGCACUGUAUGGAAUUCAAAUGGCUACUGAUUUGAUUAAAAAUCUGUUUUCCAAAAUAAAAUCUAAAUAAAAGGCUAAUGCUAGAGAAUUUCAUUUCUGCCACUCAGUCUCUAAUGACAACAAAUAACUCAAAGUUAAUAGAGGGUCUAAAUAGGACUCUUAGCAAUUCAAAAGUAUGAAACCAUUUCAAUGCAUAUGUUUUGGAAAAACAAAAGCGUUUUGAAAGCUAACCACCACAAUAACCGCUAAAGUCAAUUCGUUAGGUUUUAGUGGUUCCCUCCCCAAGCGAGAAACUGCUUCCUCGACAGAUGUCGGUGGAUGGAGACUUCAGUCGAGGAACCAGAUGGAAAGUUUUAUACAUAUCAUAAUUGUUUCCAACUACUGUGUAGUUACUGAAUAUCAACAAACUGUUGUGUUGGCUUAGCUGUUAGCUUGAAGCAUAUGUUAGCAUGACACUUUUCUUUCUCCUACUCAUUUUAUUAGGUAAGAAAUAUCAGCACAUUAGAGCAUGCACUGUUGAGUUAUCUACAGAGUAAACUCCAGAUUCAUGUAUAUUUUUCUAUUAAACCUUUCGGAAUGAAUUGAAAUGAAUUUAUUUACUCUGUCAGUCCCCAAAGCACAUUUCUGGCAUCGCGCACCCUGAGAAAGCAGAGACACUGCUGGCUGCUUUCCGACAGUUUUGUUUCAAAAUGGCUUAAGAUACCAAAAUCCAUGUUACCGUAUGUUUUGUCAGAUGAAAUGUCCGAAUGGCUCAAAUCUAAAUGAGGUGACAGCUAAGAGUGUGGCGUUGUUGCCGCGGCUGAAUGCAUUUCCAAAUGUCAAACAGUCCAUGUGUGUAGCUCUAUGUUGAUGUUUGCUAAAAACGAAAAAAAGAAACACAAUAAAAUACUUUUUUUUCCCUGUC